AUGGAACAACAAAUAGUAAAUGAAGAAAAUAAGAAAGUUUCUGCUGAUAUUUUUCAAGAAAUUUUAGAUAAUCCAUUGAUUAAUCAAGUUUCAAAUACUGUUAUAAAUGCUUUUUCUGAGCAUAUAAAAAAUUCUAAUAAUCAUGAGGAUAAUGAUAAACAACAAGAUUCAGGUGUUGAUGAUAUUGAAGAAGCAUUUAAAAAAGUCAAUGCUACCGAUAAGGAUAAUCUUUCUGAUGUAGAAAAAAUUAAUAAUGAAAAAAAUGAAGAGAUACAAAAGAAAGAGCAUAAUCCAAUAAAUGAUUUUUUUAAUAAUCAAUUUGGAUCUCAAAUUGGUGGAAUUGUUGGAAAUAUUACUACAAAUGUUAUUGAUACUGUUAAGCAUGAACUUAUUGAUGAGUCAUUUGAUCAUGUUCAAGAAAAUAAUAGAAAUAAAACACCUGAACCAACAAAAGAAGAUUUUGUUGUUUCUGAUGACCAUGAAAAACACCCUCAAGAGCCAUCAAGUAUUGAUUUAAAUACUAUAAUAACAAGUGCUCAAAAUAUUUUAGCAACUCAUGGAGACAAAAUUCAUGAUGUUGUUCAAAGUAUUAUUCCUUCUAUUACUAAAGAAGAUCAUCAAAAUGAAGCUCCUCAAGAACCUCAAGUUAAAGUAACAGAUAAAUCAGAGGGAAAUUCUAGUAAUAUUCCUAUUCCAAAAGUUGAUAUUAUUGCUCCAUCACCGUUACCUACUGAGCAUAAUGAAAAUACACCUUUUGAACCUGUUCAAGAUAUUACAGAACCUAUACCAAAUAAUAUUGUUGAUGAAGUUCAAGAGGAAUUUUCUUGUGUAAAAAUUAAAGGAUAUACAUCUGAAAAUAACAAUAUUGAAGAUUUAGUUGAUUUAAGUAAUAAUAUAACAAAUAAACAAAAUGAAGAUAUUGUUAAAAGUAAUGAAGAAAUUAAAGAACCGUUGACUACUGAUAUAAAUGAAGAAAUUUUACUUAAAAAAGGAAGCCUCCCAGAUAACGAAAAUGCUUUAGUUAAUCAUGAAAUUUCUAUACAUUCACAUGAAGAAAUUAAACAUGAUGAACCAUUUAUUGAAAUUAAACAAGAAAUUGAAGAAAAAGUUCAAAUUCCACCUCCAGUUUCAGUUCCCAUACAAGCUGAAAUUAAAAAAUCAACUCCUCAAUCUAAUAAUAAAAAAACUACUACGCCUUCAACAAAACCACGUAUUCCAUCAGGUACUACUACUACAAAAUCUCUUACAAAAACACCUGCUCCUACAAAAACACCUGUUUCUACAAAACCAAUAACUAUACCAAAAACUUCACCAUCAAAAUCUGGGUCUUCACGUGUUACAGGAACUGACCAUUCUUCAGUAAAAUCAACAGUAACAACAUCAAAUGACAAAGUACCAAGUUAUGCCCGACCAACAGGUGCAUCACAAAGAGCAUCAACUAUUGGGACAAAAUCUCCCAGUUCAACACAAUCACCAUCUAAAGUUGGUUCAUCACCUAACUCAUCAAGUAUUCGCCCAUUACCACGUAUCACCAAUAAAUAUAAAGAUGUAAAAAGUAAAGUGUUUUCUACAAUUACAACAACAGUAUCAUCUACAGAAAAACCAGCACCUAAAUCAACCCCAAAAUCUACAGUUAAUGGAAUUAAACCUUUACCAAAAACUAAACUAAAUUGGAAAGCAGAAUCAAAAGUUGGCUCAUUUGCAAAUAUUCAACAUAAGCCUUCCGGUGGACAAGUUAAAUUGAUAAACCAGAAACUUAAUUGGAAUGCUUCCAGUAAAGUUGGUUCUAUUGAUAAUUCUUCAAAAAAUAAGACGUCCAAUAAUAAACCGGUUCCACCAAAUACAAAAGUUGGAAAUGUAAAAGGAGAACUUCCUGGAAAUAUAAACCCAUUAAAUGCUACAGAAGCUCUUGGACAAUAA